AUGAGUUUUGCUCUAACAGAAAAUUUUUCGAACAAUGAACUCUUUUCUUACCCCUUUCUGAGAGUUAAUGAGAGUUGCAUCGACCUUGAUCUUGGAGAGCUUUGUGCGACCGAUUGUGUUGAUGAGACUCUCGAAUGCUUAAAAUUUUGCGAGCCCGAUGAUGAUGUUUGUGGGAGUUUGUGCAUUCGUGACGGAUUUCACUGCAUCGAUGGGUGCCCCUGCCACAUUGAGUGUCCUGAAGGGUGUUUGAAUUGCCCAGCUGAUAUUUGCAAUCCUCAACCACCUCAGAAGCUUGGAGCAGUCCUACUGCUUAGAAGAGAUCCUGAUUAUGUCAGGAUUCCGGAUGUGCCGAUUCUCGCUAGCUUUGACACUUACACAGAGGAUCUGAAGAUAUCAUGGUUUAAUAAUGGACCCUAUAAUCGGGAAUUUUUUGCCGAGGAGGGAUGUUCAGUGGUAUUCAAGGGAAGAAACUAUCUCUUUGGUGGUUGGUUCGCUCUUGAAAAUGGAAAGAAAGAGUAUGGACCACACAUUCUUGACGAAUGUGAUAUCGUUAAAUCGAGUGGUGCAGAGUUUCACCAUAAUUGCGCGCUAGGAGCGGUCGGAUAUUUUCCUGAAGGGGAUGAUCUCGAGGCUAACAUUAUGAUAUAUGACGGCGAUUUUACCGUUAAAGGACCCAUUCUCAUAAGCGGCUGGGACUCGACGAAUAGAUUGAACAUCGACAAAGUCGAGAUCUUUAAUGAUCAUAACAGCUGGAUCGCAGACGAUGAGCUUAUUUUUCCAGACAAAUUCAUAACAGACUACACUUCUGUUUGGGGAGAAUUCGGUAUUGUUGUGUUUCCGGGAUCAUCAGGAUCAAAUGUAAAAAUUUGGCGGCUUUACAAUAAUGAGUGGACGACAAUCGGUUUAACACGAUGGACCGAGAGACCUUGGGCAAGAGCGGUACUUUUUCCGAAUAACGAGAUAAUGUUGGUCGGUGGUAACGAAGCAAAGGCUCAUAAAUUCACCAAAUUCACUUUCAACGAGGACUUUACUCAUAUAACUGCAAGAACACUUCGUCAUCCAGCCCUUUACAAUUGGGAUGAUCCUCAUGCAAUUCUUGUUCCUGAGGGUUUCUGCACCCUUUGA